UUGUAAAAUAUCAACAAUGAGGGAAAUUGAAAAUAUAAUGAUAGAAAAACACAAUGACAAUAUGAAAAGAACAAUAAAAGAUAUUCUACCGUCUACGUUUUUAUUUAUGAAAUUUUUCGGUCUUUGGCAACCGUUCAAUUUAACUGAUUCCAUUUUGAGAAUAAUUUACAAUGUCUAUUCAAUUUUUACUAUUUUUACAAUGCUUUCAGUUGGAUUGUCCCUUAUCUGCUUAAUUAUUACUUCGGAAAAUAUCGAAGAAGCAAUGAUUGAGAAUUCGUAUUUUCUAUUUACAUUAUUGAAUGCCUGGGUGAAAGCUGCAAUUAUUUUGUGCAGACAAAGAGAUAUUAAGAGUUUAUUGAAUACAUUGUUGGAGGAUGAGUGGCAACCGAAAGAUGCAAUUGAACAGGAUAUUCAGAAGAAAUUUGACGAAAGCGACAAAAAAUUGAUAGUCACUUAUUCAAGCAUAGUCGCAACGAGUGUGAUUUCAAUGUACGGAUCAGUAUUGAUGAGCGAUGAAAGGGUACAAGCUCUGAACACUUGGAGACCGUAUGAAUUAAAUUUGCAACUAUAUUUUUGGAUAACUUGGGCUCAUGAACUGAUUGGUCAUUUUGUAACAGCUGGUGUUCAUGUAAUCGGCGAUAGUAUGAUGCCCGGAUUCAUUAAUCAAAUUUCUUGUCAAUUAAAAUUUUUGCAACAUCGAUUGAACAAGUUUCCUCAUCAGGUUCAGAAUAUGCAACAUAUUUUUGAUGAUAAAAUAAUUGACGAAUUCGAGUCAUCAUUUAUAGCUAAAUCUGUUGUACAUCAUAAUGAAUUGUUCCGUUUAAUUGCCAUUUGUGUAAUUGUGUAUCAAAUUUCCAAAGAGCCUUUGGAUUUGAAAAAUUUAUUAGCAUUCUUCCCGUUUUUGAUUUGUAUGCUGCUGCAACUUUUUCUUUAUUGCUUUUAUGGAAAUGAGCUAAUGUGCAAUAGCAGAGAUUUACAAGAAGCAAUUUUUGAAACAAAUUGGCUGUUUCUUGACAACAUUAAAGAUGCGACAGUAGAAAACUCAUUUUUAUUGUUUACUUUGUUUAACGGUUGGGUGAAAGCAUUAAUUAUCAUACAAAGAAGAAAUCAUAUAAAAUCAAUGUUGCGCGUUUUAUUGGUUGAUAUGUGUCAACCUUUGGACAGUACCGAAGAAGAAAUACAGAAAAACAUUGACAAAGAAGCUAAGAAAAUUACUAUUAUCCACGCGACAGCAGUGGGAGUAGCAGUGGUGUCAAUGUAUCUUGCCGUUCUUUCAAAAACAGGAGAUGAGAGAAUAAAAAUUUUAAAUUGUUGGCGACCCUAUAAUUUGGGAACACCGUUAAAUUUUUGGAUAACAUGGCUACAUGAAUUCAUUGGACAUCUCGUGACAACCAUUGUUCAUUUAUCGGCCGACACACUAGUGCCAGGUUUUAUGAUUCAAAUCUGUUGUCAAGUAAAAUUAUUGCAACAUCGUUUACAAGAUUUACCGUAUCAAAUCAGAAACUUUAAAAAUUCACAUUCUAAAAUUACUAAACAGGAAUUGGAGACGAGUUUUAUAGCGAAAACUGUCGUACAUCACAAUACAUUAUUUCAAUUCGCAGAGCAUUUAAAAAAUACAUUUAUGGAAAUAUUAGUCACACAAUUUUUCUUGAGCCUAAUUAUCAUUUGCUUUAGUGGAUACAAAAUUUCGAAUCAAAGUACCCUUGAUUAUGCAAAUUUGUUGACACUUUUCUCAUACAUUAUCUGCAUUUUAAUUCAACUUUUUUUGUUCUGUUGGUUUGGGAAUCAAUUAAUGUUGUGUAGCAAUAAUUUGCAAGAUGCAGCAUACGAAACAGAUUGGCUCUGCUUUGAAAAUAAGACAAAGAAAAGUCUACUAAUAAUUAUGAUAAGAACUGGAAAACCCAUUCUAAUUUCUGCUGGCUCAAUUAUACUGGUUAACUUGAGUUCAUUUGUAAUCAUAUUAAAAGCUUCGUACACAGCAUAUAAUGUUCUGCAGCAUAGCGAAUGAUUGGAAAAAAAUUAUCUAAAGCAGCGUUACGAACGUGACCAAUUUAUAAUGUACAUAAACAAUGAAAAUGACUUCCUACAUAAUAAAACAACAGAAGGGAAGAUCUCCUCGCAUCAGGCUAUUUUUGUACCACACGAGGAAGUUUGUUAGAAAUUAUAAUAUAUAAUGAUCUCAGGGAGUUGACAUAUGAUAAAAUUAUAAUGAUUGUAUUAGAAACAGUAAAAUGAAUAAUAUCUACAUAGUUACAUCAAUGACUGUUUCAAUAGAGAUAUAAUUUUUAACUUUAAA